AUGGGUCAAAGACAUCAGCUCUAUGUGGUAGCGCGGAUCGGUGGGGCAUACCGGCGCAUUGUUGGAUUGCAUCAUCAGUGGUACUACGGGAAAGCUGCACUUGAAGGCGCCGUACGAUUCAUGAAGGCAUGCCAACAUCCUUUCAAUAUUCAUUCCAUACUUUCGGAAUUAUAUCAUGUGGACCUCGAUUCAGUCCCUGAAGACCUGAAUCCGUGCCCUUUUAUAGCGUCACUGCUCUGGGGCUGCAUAUCGAACCGCGUCACUGCAUCGGCACCUUCUCUGGGAUGUCAGAAUACGGAUAUGAUCUCAGACAAGGACAAUAAUGAUGGCAUCACCGUAUUCGACAUCACAGACCCUUCCAAUCCACGCUACUGCUUCGUUAGUGUCAGUGGUCUUGAGGCGGCGAUAAUCGAUAAAUGCGAUGCAUUCGUACCUCUGACUGGGAAAACUUAUGGGAGGGCUUAUUAUCCAUCCGGGCAGGUCCCCAGGACCGCUGGAGACCGGGGAUGGGAGCAAGCAGUGGCUGCCGCUAUCGGGUCGAUUAAGGAGUUUGAAACAAUUCCGUACGAAACUCUGAAGCUUUGUUGGCCCCACGAGUUUGGUCGUAACAUUCCUGCCGGACACGAUGGUGGAUUAAGUGGGCAGCGAGAGCGAGCUGUCCCUCCGACCCUAUCUCUUUAUGCCCUCAUGAAAAUCCCAUGUACAGAAUGGACACAGGUCCCAGAGCAGGUGGUCAGGGCUUGUGCCAAAAUUUCAGGUGCCCACAACCAAUAUCCUGAGCCACUCACGCAACGCCUGCUGUCGGUUCUCAAGGAGGGAGUGCUCGAUCUAGGCGGCAUCUCGAUUACACUCACAGAAGUCAUCCAAAUAGUCCAUGGUAUCCCUUUCUUGGCACAGAACACUCUUUAUCUCAACCUCUCGACCUGGAUGAAUCCCGAGGGAGGAUUGGUAAAACUUUCUGAUCUUGCAGCGCUGAGACAAUGCUUCCCCCAGCUCCUCUGCGUGAAUGCCAUAGGGAAUCAGCAUUUCCAUGCCGUAUCAGUCUCGGAAUGGUACGAAAGCGAUUCUCCCUCGUUUGUCAUAUUUCGGUACGAGAAGCAGUUCGAGUUUGGUUCUUACAAGCCUCUUAGACUCUUCGGAUCUCAGGCAUCUCAUCCACCCCCAUUCCGCAUUCUUACUCGGUUAAAGCCCUUAUGGCCCGGAGAACAGGAUUAUGUCUUACGUUUUGGACAGCCAUUCUUCCCCCCAGGACCAGUGAUGUUCCGUGUCAUAUAUCACUUUUUGAGGGCAUUCGAUGAUCCGGAAGAUUAUGACCCUCGUAGUCUAGUGAGGAGGUGCAUCAUGCGGUCAAUCCUAGCCAUCGUGGAUGAUUCUGCGAUCCCAGUUCUGAUGCCUGCUGUGAUUGUCGAUCACACGCUUCCAUGCACGGGUUGGACACUUGUGAUGGACGACCCAUUCCAGAAACUGGGGGGAAGAGAUGAUGCCUGGAAAUAUGCCUUUGUGCGGUCUACUUCAGAAGCUAGCGAACCCGAAGUUAUGGGAUUCGAAGGCUUUCUGUUGUCACUUGGUACCAACAAAGCGAACGACUCAAAGACGCUGAAGAUUGUUACGGCUCUUCAAGAUAUAUUUAAAUCAAUGGAAUUACUUGCAGGAAGUCAGGUAAAGUGUCUCCUUGCCCGUCCAAAUGGGGUAGGGGAGCCAGAUAGAAGGGAGUAA